GCGCUGUGUUCAGAAUAGUGUGUCUUAUUCUACUGUAUUUGCGCUGUGGCUCUGAGAGGCUGACUGUUGGACACUUGUACAGUCUAUGGUUGGACAGUGCUGACUCUGAUUAUUAUAAGUAUAGAGGAAUUGUAUGGUGGCUAAGUAAUAUUUGAAGGCAUAUUGGUGGCUUCUCGGUGAUCAACACAAGUCAACAUGAGUACUGCUACACAGAGGAAAAGACGAACAUCAUCUGCUACAUGUUCCCGCCGUGGAAACAGCAAGAGGAACCGGACCCAGAUGUCUCAAACAGCGAUGGAGACCAUUGAUGUGCUGGAAAGUGACCGAACUCGCAGUGAAGAUGUGGUUGAUUUAACAUGUGAAGGCUCUGAACCUGCGGUUGUUGACCUCACCAAUAAUGAUUCUAUUGUGGUUGUGGAAGAUGGUUUGCAAAGCAGACGCGGACAGGGCACAGAGAGUUAUGUACUGAGCAGUGAUGAAGAGGAAGAGUCCAGUCUUAGACUCAGCCCAGGCUUACUCUCCUCUCUGCAAGCCAGCUCGAGGGCCAGGUCUACGCCAGGUGCUGUUAGCUGUCCUGUUUGCAUGGAUGCUUAUUCAGAGAUCAUUGACAGUGGUCGGCUCAUGGUCUCCACAAAGUGCGGCCACCUUUUCUGCAGUCAGUGCAUCCGCGACUCUCUCAGCAGAGCUCACAGCUGCCCUACAUGUAGAAAGAAACUCACACACAAACAGUAUCACCCAAUAUAUAUCUAAUAGGAAAAACUUCUCACAAAGUGGCAGUACACUCUCAUGAAACAAUUUGACCGCUCCAUAUUUUCACUGGCUGUUUCAUAUUUCACACAUCAGUGAUAUUUGGCAUUAUUUUAACUUGCGGGAUUCUGUUGGAACUAAAGGGGCACUUGGUCCAGGAUUAAGCAUUUUUUAAAUUGUGAAUGUAUAAAUAUAUACACACUGUUUGAAGUGAAGGAGUUUUGGGAAUAUGAGUAGCCUGGGUUUAAAGUCUUUGCUGCUAUAUUAGUAUUUUUAUUUUAUUUUUGUCAACUGUCCAGCUUGUAGUAUUGAAUAAUGUCAUUAGGGUCCAGUUCAAAUUAAAAAAUUAAUGACGAACUGUCACAAGUAGGAUCUUGUAAUGUUUAGUUUAGUCUUGAACAAAAUAGGUCCCUACUGUGAUGGUCUCUAUUCUUGUUUAGUGAAAUGUGUGAGCCUGUUAUGAUAGUUUGGGGUGCAUUGCCUUCAUCUGGUGGACAACUUUUAGGUCGCCCUCCCCUUGUACCUGCUCUUAUUUGUUUGAAUAGCCUUAGUACCAGCCUUGUUAGCUUUAACUGUCGCUCAAAGUUAACUUGUUUUCAUUCAUUGUCUGUUUAUUUGAAUGGAAUCAAUAUUAAGAUUCUUAUUUUGUCAUUAAGCAAAUUGUUGCACUAGUUUUUGAGGAAACAAUGGAUGCUGACUAUGUAAAUGCGCUUUUGUCUCAGAAGCACUUUUAAAGACCUCUUCAACUGAUCUUUUGGUCAGAGAAGUGAAUGGUAAAUACUUCUUGACUGAUUAGCAGAGGGUGACUGGAGGACUAAAGCUAACAAGGCUUGUUUGCCAACUAUACAUGUUAAAUGUUAAUAUUUGUAUAUACUUUAAUGUAUAAAGGACCUGUAAGUUAAAAGACCAUAACCUUUAUUUCAAUAAACAUUUGGAUCACUGAUUGAUUACUUUAUUUCAUGGGAUUUAAGAUGUUUUGAAAAGUACUGAAUUUCCUAAUAAACUGUGCAGAGAGACUUCAUCAAA